GAGGAGACCAAGCAGUAGUAAAAUCUCGUUGACGGUUACCUCUGCCUGCGAUGCAGAUUAAUUCUGGAUACCUCCUUUUCAAAUCCCUCUGAUUCAAUGAUGGGAUUCAAUCAGAGCGUCUGAAAUGAAUCCCUCGCUGUCUUCUUCGUCUUCCCCGACUUCUUCGCAUUCAACUUCCGCCGGUUCCUGGUUCUCCGGCGUCGUCCGCGGACGGUCCGACCGGGCCGGGUCCGUCAAGAUGGGAUCGGACUCUGCUUCCGGUGAGUUUUCCGGCCCGGUUGUGCGGAAGAAUCAGUUUCGAGGGGCGCUGUUCAAGUACGGCCCCAAACCGAUUCAGGUUGCAUUUAAAACAGGUGAUUAUAGACAGCAAGUCAUCUUUAUUGGGGGACUGACUGAUGGCUUUCUAGCAACAGAAUACUUGGAACCUCUUGCAAUUGCUUUGGACAAGGAGAAAUGGUCACUUGUUCAACUACUCAUGUCAUCCUCAUACAAUGGAUAUGGCACUUCCAGCUUGAAACAAGACGCGAUGGAACUUGAUCAACUGAUUAGUUAUUUUAUAAACAAAGAAGAUUCUGAGGGUGUUGUACUGAUUGGCCAUAGUACUGGCUGCCAGGACAUUGUACAUUAUAUACGUACAAAUGCCGCAUGCUCUAGAGCUGUUCGUGCUGCCAUUCUACAGGCUCCAGUCAGCGAUCGAGAAUACAGAGCAACACUUCCUGAAACAGCUGCUAUGAUUGAUUUGGCUUCAACCAUGAUAAAUGAAGGCCGUGGAUCUGAAUUAAUGCCAAGUGAAGCAGAUCUAGCUCCCAUAACUGCCUAUCGGUAUCACUCACUUUGUGCAUACAACGGGGAUGAUGACAUGUUUAGUUCCGACCUUACUGAUGACCAGCUGAGAUUGAGACUUGGACACAUGUCUAACACACCUUGCCAAGUUAUAUAUUCCAUGGCUGAUGAGUAUGUGCCAGACUAUGUUGACAAGAAGGCAUUAGUUCAAAGAUUGUGCAAAGCAAUGAGUGGGGCAGAGAAAGUUGAAAUUGAACAUGGAAAUCACUCCCUUUCUAACAGAGUUCAAGAAGUUGUUGCAGCUAUAAUUGAUUUUGUUAAGAGAGACGGGCCUAAAGGGUGGGAUGAUCCUUGGAAUUAGUGUGGUGAUUUAUGAUCGAAUUUCAAUUCCAAAUUAUUUAUUUUCAUUCCUUUCUUAUUUAUUUCCUCUUUGGUUUCUUAGCCUUUACUUUUUUAUACCAGAGGUCAAGUGAAUUGUAAUCAUAUAUUGCUCACAUUGUUGAAAAGAGAGCACAUCCUUGUUUUGUCCGAC